GCUUCUUGUCGCCACACGCCGCACCGCCAAGCUGAGCGCAGGGAGGACGAAGGAGCGCGGCAGCGCAGGAGGCCGACAACCCAUGGAUUCAGACAUCAACAGCUAAACUGACGAUCACUAUCUGCGCAAGGAAUAGAUUGAAAUGGAAAAUGCCCGUGAAAGGAGCUGGAGAGGAAAGUUUCACCGACCUGGUCGAGUUAUCAAUCCUGAGGCAAAUAGAAGAGAUGAAAAAUGCCCACUUACUCCUCUAGAGGUUGGUAUGAUGCUGCGAGGCAUGGAAUUUGACAAUACAACCUUCCUCUAUGUAGCUUCUGGCAAAAUAGAGAAUGCUGCAAAAUACAUGGCUCCCCUUCGCCAGAUGUUCCCUCUUUUAGAGACCAAGGACACUGUUGCUUUGCCUGAAGAACUUGCUGAGUUUAAGGGGUACUCAUCUCGGUUAGCAGCAUUAGAUUACACUGUCUCUGUUCAGAGCCAGGUGUUUGUGACGACUCAAGGGGAGAACUUCCCUCACUUUCUGAUGGGGCACAGGCGUUACCUGCUAGGAGGGAAUGCAAAGACAAUAAAACCUGAUAAAAAGAAGCUGGUCUUAUCUUUUGAUGAUCCGAAUAUCAGCCUAAUUGCUGAAGCAGUUGUUUCUCACCCAAGGCUGGCCUUCUUAUCUUUCUGCCAACCAUGA